CUCCACCGGGCAAUCAAAGGGUCUCGACCUCGACCCAUCUGAUCACACGGCAACUAUCAUUUCUCGCAGUGUCAAGCCGUGGUGGUUUGACUGCCGCUCAAGGGUCCAAUGAGUGCCACCGAGUGCUGCUGGGGAGGUACUCUUUUCGUCAUCGCUGCUUCCUUCUGGCUAUUCCAUCACGCUCUCUGGUUUCAACCAACGAGCGAAGCUGUUUCUCCCCCCGACUUUCCCUUGACGUCUUUGACUGCUGCCUUGAAAACUCGUACUUCAAUUUCUCAUCUCUCCGUCCUUUCUCAAAUCUCUCCCAGGUCUCCGAGUCUUGUUCACUGCCAGCCUCAUCGUUCCGUACUCAAGCAUACGCCUCUGUAACGCUACAUCUGCUACCCAGCAAUAUGAUUGUCCAUCCAGAUAUGUUGAAGACCGCUCCUACAGCUUCCACUUCGGUGGCUCCCAUCCCGACCGUCAUCCCAACUCCUCCUCUUUACGUGGAGGCCGGUGAUGUUGGCAAGAGAACUUUGUGGGUGGUCGUCGUGCUCAUGGCCCUGUCUUCCCUUGCCUUCUAUGGCAUGGCUUUCCGCGUCCCGGUGCAAAAACGGCUCUUCCACAUCUUGACCUCCUUCAUCACGACGAUUGCUUUCCUGUCCUACUUUGCUAUGGCCACCGGUGAUGGCACCACGUUUGUCUCAUACACUGUGACAGAACACCACAAGAAAGUCCCAAAUACCCAGCAGGAAUACCGUCGUGAGGUGUAUUGGGCAAGAUAUGUUGACUGGAGCAUCACAACCCCGCUGCUGCUUCUCGACCUCGCUCUUCUUGCGGGUCUCAGCGGCGCCAAUAUCCUGGUCGCCAUCUUUGCUGAUGUCGUUAUGGUUCUUUGUGGACUCUUCGCAGCCUUUGGUCAGGCCCAUGUCAGCCAAAAAUGGGGCUGGUUCGCUUGGGCUUGCAUUGCAUUCCUCGUCAUUGUCUAUCAGCUUGCCGCCAAUGGUCGUGAGGCUGUUGCCAGCAAGGAUAGCAAGACCAAGGCUUUCUAUGCUUCCAUUGCUGGUUACACCCUUAUUGUGUGGCUCCUUUACCCAAUCAUCUGGGGUCUUGCUGAAGGUGGCCACGUCAUUGACAUCGACUCCGAGAUCAUUGCUUACGCGGUUCUCGACAUUCUUGCCAAACCAGUCUUCAGUUUUUGGCUUCUCUUCACCCAUGACAGCAUGUCGAGCACCUCCCCAUCUCUCGAAGGAUUCUGGUCCCAAGGCUUUGGCAGUCAAGGAACCCUCCGAGUGGGUGAUGACAGUGAAGCCUAGACGCUCUUGCUGACUUGGUCAGGUUGGUGACGAGGAUUAAGUAUCAUAGCGAUCCCGUCUUCGCUACAAUCAACCUGUUGCCUGAAAUUGGAACGCGAGCAUGAACAGCACCUCGCACGGGAGGAGAUGAAGUAAGCACACUGGGGAAAGACGGAGAGUAAUGGAGGGGAAUGGAGACCGUCCUGCAUCUUUGGGGCAUUAAGUGAUGGAUGACAUUGACGAAAGAAAUCAACGACUUACUUUCUUUGGGCUGGCUUAUAUCACUAGGCGCAGCACUUCCGAGCUCACCAUGCUCGAUGAACGCAAUUGUACAGUAGCACCCCUCAUUGCUGGAAUCUACAAAAGCUGGGUCAAAGGCUGCAUGAUACAAAUGACAAUUUAAUGCAUAACACAUGGAAGCCUGAUUGCUGGAGAUUGGUCGGGUUUGGGCACAAUAGUCCCCUGCUGAUAUCUUCUCUGUGAU